GAAAAUAUAUAAAAACCUCGCAAAACCCAGUUACCCUCAAAACCUCUCUCUCUCUCUCUCAAAAUGGAGAAAGGGAGGAAGAACAGUAGCAAGAAUUCAUCUGCUAUGUGUCUUGAACAGUUCGUCUCCACCAUGGCCCCUCUACUCGAUCUCGAAAAGGAAGCUGAGAUAUCAGCUUCCAUGACUUCGGGAGCAACAAGGACUUUGGAUGCUUCUCAGAAGAAAGGCUCCACCAUUCUCAAUUUGAAGUGUGUGGAUGCUCAGACAGGAUUAAUGGGAAAAUCUCUUCUCGAGUUUCAGUCUACUAAAGGUGAUGUUCUUCCUGCCCACAAGUUUGGGAUUCAUGAUGUUGUUGUUUUAAAACCAAACAAAGCUGAUCUAGGGUCACCUCCACUGGGUCAAGGUGUGGUUUAUCGUCUGAAGGACUCAUCAAUCACUGCUGCUUUUGAUGAUAUCCCGGAGGAGGGUUUAAACAGUCCUUUACGUCUUGAGAAAGUGGCCAAUGAGGUGACAUACCGUAGGAUGAAGGAUACAUUGAUUCAACUAAGUAAAGGAGUGCUUAGGGGACCUGCUGCCGACUUAGUUCCUGUGUUAUUUGGAGAGCGACCGCCAACAGUGUCAAAGAAGGAUGUUACUUUCUCACUAUUUAACACCAACCUUGAUCACUCUCAGAAAGAUGCCAUUUCAAAGGCCCUAUCAUCAAAGAACAUAUUUUUGUUGCAUGGGCCUCCCGGAACUGGAAAAACUACGACUGUGGUGGAAAUUAUCUUACAAGAAGUGAAACGUGGAUCAAAGAUUCUUGCUUGUGCUGCUUCAAAUAUUGCCGUUGACAACAUUGUUGAACGACUUGUUCCUCACAGAGUGAAGUUGGUGAGGGUGGGGCAUCCCGCACGUUUGCUACCUCAAGUCUUGGACAGUGCUCUUGAUGCACAGGUUCUACGGGGAGAUAAUAGUUCUCUUGCAAAUGACAUCCGCAAGGAAAUGAAGGCUUUGAAUGGGAAGCUUUUGAAGACAAAAGAUAAAAAUUCAAGGAGGGACAUAAGGAGGGAGCUCAAGACUCUUUCUAAAGAAGAGCGUAAAAGGCAAGUGCUAGCUGUUGCAGAUGUAAUCAAAAGUUCUGAUGUGGUGUUGACGACAUUGACUGGUGCGUUGUCCCGAAAGUUGGAGGGUACUUCAUUUGAUUUGGUGAUUAUUGAUGAAGCUGCUCAGGCACUUGAGAUAGCAUGUUGGAUAGCCCUACUAAAGGGUUCAAGAUGUAUACUUGCAGGAGACCACCUCCAGCUUCCUCCAACCAUUCAGAGUGUAGAAGCUGAGAAGAAGGGUUUAGGGAGAACCCUCUUUGAACGCCUUGCAGACUUGUAUGGUGAUGAAGUCAUGUCUAUGCUCACUGUCCAAUACCGCAUGCAUGAGCUCAUAAUGACUUGGUCAUCUAAAGAGCUUUACAACAGUAAGAUCGAAGCUCAUCCAUGUGUUGCUGCACACAUGCUGUAUGACCUUGAGGGGGUAAAAAAGUCUUCUUCAACCGAACCAACUCUAAUUCUCAUAGACAUAGCUGGGUAUGCAGCUGAUUUUUGUUGUUUGCCACACAGGCUCAGUUUCACUGGGCAAUUGAUUAGAGUUUUCUGCAUUGAGUUUCAAACCACGUUGAAAUUAAUCUUUUCUGUUAUUUUUAGGUAGAACUUUGAAAUGAAA